AUGGCACCAAUGACUGAACCUAAUUUACCUUGGGUAUGGUCAUGGAAAAAUGAAGUGCGCGUAAAAUUGUUACUUGCAGAGUAUUCAAAAUAUUCGGAUAUUGCACCAUUGAUGAUCGAUUCGUUGACAGCUUAUAUUGUGGAAGGCAGUAGUUCACCUAUUCUCGGUGUUGAACCAUAUCAUGCUGUGCAUCCAAAUUCAUUAGUUAUGAUAUUUCGAUUUAAAUUUUCAACAGAAGAAAGAGCUCGUGAAAUUGUUAAAUUGCUUGAUGAAGGAGAAUAUGAAAUUGAAAUUGCAUUUCAUUUUGCUGGUUUUCAAGAAGUGUCAACAAAUUUCGUCUCUAUAACUGGUGAUCAAAUAAAAGGUGUUUCAAGUAAAACAGCGGCUGACGGUGGAAAUACAAACGCUGAAUAUAUUCAUCGUAGUCAAGCAACAAAAUUUAUUAGCCUUUAUAAUGCAAAUGUUCAAACGAUGAUCUAUGUUGAAAGUACUGAUUUCAAUUCUCAAACAUUAUCUACUGGAAUGCAAGAAACAUUUAUUUCAUUAAUGAAACAAGUCUUUAAUCUAAAUAAGAUAUUAUCAGAAAUAUAUACUGGGAAAAAUAUUUUCUAUUUUAGAAUUAAAAUGGACAAUCAUCCACAACUCAAAGAAACAUUUUCGGCAGCAAAGUUUUUCAACGCUAGGGAACGGUAUAUGGUAAUAUUCCGAUAUAUCAUGAAGACAAUAAAACGAUUCACAGUACUUGAAGAACAACAAAUAAAUCAUUUUAAAAUUGUAUGUAAAUUUCGUAAUCGUAGCGAUUUCUUCAUCGUUGCCAUGCAAAUAAAUGAAUAUCGUGAUUUAUUCCAGGUGAACAUCAAUGAUUAUUACAAUAAGAAGACCAAAUCAAUGGUUCGAUUACAAAUGCUAAUUGAUGAUCUGAGCAACAAAAUCGAUACCGUUAUACAUAAUAGUGGACAAAUGCUUUCUGCUGCUUCUUCUGUUCAAUAUCCAAGGCAAUCAAUUUUUCAACAAGAACAAAUACCUAGUGCUUCAUCAAUUCGAUAUAAUUCACCUAAUUAUGUUACAGAAACAACUCGUCCAUUUAUACAAUUACAACAAACUCCAUCUACUUAUCAAUCUGGUCGUACAUUAGAUCUCAUUCAAGCAGCACCAGUCGUUGCUCAAUCUCAAAAUAUAUGGUUUCCAUCAGCUAGUUCUACACAAGGACCUGUUGCUCCAGGUCUGUCUUCAUUUCAUUAUAGAGAAGCUUAUCCAAAUAAACCAUUACUUCAAUCACAACAUCUUCAAUAUCAGUCAGCAGAUCAACAACGUUGCUAUGGUAAUGGACAAAAUAUUCCUGUGACAACCCUGGUUGAACGUGUACGCAUCACUAUCUACUGUCACCGUUGUGUGGAAUGGUUGUUUCUAAUCGUUACAAUUCCCUCUGAACAAACUUCAUCAACUGGUACUUCAAAUAAUACUAAUCGAUCAACAUUAACAUCGGUUGCAUUGGGUGCUGAUUACGGUAGCACUCCACCACUUGCACCCCAAUAUACAUGGAAUAGCGUUAUACCAACUGGUUAUGCUUAUGGAACGCCUGCUGAAUGGAUUACUAGUCCACAACAAGGAUCAUCGCAUCAAACAAAUAUACCACCUCAAAUAAAUGUUGCAUUUAGUCUUAAGUUUGAUUCAUUUCAACUAAUACGAUCCCAACAACCAAUAUACGAAGAAUCUCUUUAUUAUCCUCAACAAUCUGAGCAAGAAUUAAAUGCAAAAAAAACAGAACGAUUACAAUCCUUAAAUAUCUCUUUUUCCCUAUAUAUACACAUAUAA